AAAAAACAUUGAAAUCGUUGAUGACUGUUGAUGGAACAAAAUGAUUAUCAUCAAGUAUAUCUCGCUACAUCUUUAUCAAAAACAAGGAUAUUAAAUGUUGCAAUUGGUAAAGCUGCAAUGCAAUCAUCAACCGUUGGACAAGGACAUGCACAAAAAGCUGUUGAUGGUAGUCCAAGUUCAUUUUUUAAUCCAUCCACCUGUACAAUGACUGAAGCUGAACGUUCACCAUGGUUUUAUGUUAAUCUACUUGAACCAGUACUUGUACAAUUAGUACGUAUUGAUUUUGGUGCAUCAUGUUGUCAAGGUCGACCAGCAACAAUUACCGUACGUGUUGGUAAUAAUCGUCCGGAUCUUGGUACAAAUCCAUUAUGUAGAAAAUUUACCGGUUUUAUUGAAGAAGGACGGCCAUUAUAUUUGCCUUGUACACGACCAAUGGCCGGUGCAUUUGUAUCAAUACAAUUAGAAUCAAAUAAUGGUAAUCAAUCACCAUUAUCAAUUUGUGAAUUAUUUGUCUAUACUGAUCAUGCAUUAUCAAUUGAACAAUGUCCAACAUUUCGUGAUCAACCAUUAGGCGGUACAUCUACUUAUGAUGGAAAAUGUUAUAUAUUUUAUAAUGAACAUCCAUUAAAUUUUGAAAAUGCAAAAAAAUUUUGUGAAGUACGUGGUGGUACUUUAGUUGAUGAAACAUCACCUGCAUUACAAGGUUUUCUUUCUUGGGAACUUUAUCGUCGUCAUCGUAAUGAUCCAAAUGGUCAAUAUUGGCUGGGUGCUAUACGUGAUCAACGUAAUCAACAAAAUUGGAAAUGGAUUAAUGGAAAAGAUGUUUCGAUAUCAUUCUGGAAUCUACCAAUGACAAGAGAAAAUUGUUCAAGAUUUGAUGGUACAAAAGGAUGGCUUUGGUCGGAUACAAAUUGUCUGAUAAAAUUAAAUUAUAUGUGUCAACAUCGUCCAUUAAGUUGUGGUCGUCCUGAACGACCACCAAAUUCUACAUUAAUGAUACGUUCAGUUGAUGUUGGUCAAACAAUUGAAUAUCAUUGUAAUGAUGGUUCAUUAUUAUUAGGACCAAAUAUUCGUACUUGUAUGUCGAAUGGAUUCUUUAGUGAAUAUGCACCUAAAUGUAAAUUUAUUGAAUGUGGACCACCACAAUCAAUUUCAAAUGGCCAAUAUAUAUUGAAUAAUAAAUCACGUUCAUAUAUGUCAACAUUAUCAUAUCAAUGUAAUGAUGGUUUUGUACUUGUUGGUCGUGGUAAUCUUAUUUGUGAUCCGGAUGGUCUUUGGAAUGGUCCACCACCACGUUGUGAACCGGUAUUAUGUCCAGAUCCACCAAUGAUUACAAAUGGUUUCGGUACAUUAGUUUCAAAUUCAACACGUUUUGAUUCGAUUGUUGAAUAUCAAUGUGAUCCUGGUUUUGAAUUGAUUGGUGAUAAAUUAAUACAAUGUAAUCGUGCCGGUUAUUGGGAAGGACAACCCGGUUAUUGUAUUGAAAUUCGAUCUUCACCGCUAGAUAUAGCAACAACAACAACAAGUUCAUCAACAACAACAACAACUACGACGACAACAACAACAACAACAACACCUUCACCAACUUAUCCACCUACUACUGGAUAUCCAACAACAUUUUAUGAUUCAAAUCCUAUUCGUGCUAGUUAUCCUGGACAAAAUAAUCCAAUUAAACCACCACAAGUUGCAUUAUUACCUGUUACCAAUAAUAAUCAACAACAACAACAAUCGAAUAUUUAUACAAAUAAUCCAUACAAUUCAAAAUCAUCUGAACAACAAUCAUUACCAUCAAUGACAACACCAUCAACAUCAAUUUCAUCACAUUAUCAUACUACAUCAUCAUCUAUAUCGACUGUUGAUUUAUCAUCACCAUCAACAACAUCAACUACUGGUACAACAAUCAAUAAUAAUAAUAAUCGUAAUAAACAUAUCCAUCAUCAACAUCAUACAUCUAUUCAUCAACGACCAAACACGCAGAAACCAUCAUUGACAAAUAAUCGUAUUUCGGAUAAUGAAAUUCCGGAUGGAUCAUCAAAUCCAAGUAAAAAUCAUUUUCUUGGUAAACCAUCAAAAAUUGCUGCUGCACGAUUAAAUAUGGGCGGUAUUAUUGCUUUGGGUAUAUUUGGUGGAUUUGUAUUUUUAGCUGCUGUUAUCACAAUUAUUGUGAUUAUUGUUAGAAGAUUUAAACAUUCACAUAAUUCAUUGGAUGCACAAACAAUAUCAACAUUUGAUUCAAGUAAUGGUGAUAAUCCUGGUUUUUAUCAUAAAUAUGCAUCAGCAUGGUCACAAUUACAAAGUUCAGCUGUAUUACAUUCUGGUUCAUAUAAACCGGCUAAUAUGGCUAAUCGAUUAGGUGGUGGUGGUGAUGUUCCAUAUGAACAUCAUCAUGCUUAUCUACAUACGGCUAAUGGUGGUGGUGGUGGCGGUGUUGGUGCUUGUAUUGGACCAAGACAACGAUCACCAAAUGGUGGUGGAUCUAUUAAUGAAGCAUUCCGUGAUGUUGGACAAGAUUCUGAUCUUUAUACACGUAGUGCUGAUCGCCGUAAUAAUAAUCUUAAUGGAAGUGGUGGUCCAAAACGUAAUGGUAAUGAACAUGAUUGGCAUAGGGGAAAAUAUUGAUUGAUUUUAAUGCAAAAAAAAAC